AUGUCCAAGUUACAGAGAACUCCGCUUAAGUGCCCAUCAAACCCAGACAUAACUGUAACUACAUCGGAUGCUAAUUAUGUAAAUAUACGUAAUCGUUACACUGCAGGGUAUGACUCGGAAUUUCUGUCCACACUGAUUGACGAAUAUUUUAAUACAUUAGACGUAAAAAUAAAGGAAACUAUUACAAAUGUAGUUACCUCCACGAUUUCCAACGAAUUGGCUAAAAUAUCCUACUCAUUAUCAAGCCUAAAUACAACCAUAUCCGAGCUGCGAGAUGAGAACAUUAAUAUAAAACAAGGUUUUACGGAUUUAAAUAAUCAUCUGUCGGAGGUCGAUACUACUUUAUUCGAUCUUAAUGAGCAGUCAAAAUCGUUUGAUACACGGCUUAAGUCCGUAGAAGGUCAAGUCUCUAAAGAAAACUAUUUAUCUGACAAAUUAGAGGUUAUGGUGAUCAAACUGGCUGCAAUGGAGCAACAGGCACGUGAUUGUAACAUUGAAAUAUCAAAUUUGCCUGAGCGCCGUGGAGAGAAUCUUGUUACAGUCAUUAUUAAUAUUGGCAUGCUAAUAAACCAGCAAAUCCAACCAUCUGACAUAAUCUUGGCCCAUCGGGUUCCUCAUGUUGGUGAAAAUGAUAAACGACCUAAAAAUGCCAUAAUAAAAUUUAAGUCCAAAAUUUUGCGUGAUAAUUUUGUAGCUUCGUAUCGUGCUAAAAAAGGCUUAACUUCAGAUCAGUUGUCUAUUACUGGAUCAUCGAAUAAAAUAUAUAUAAAUGAACAUCUAAAAAAUAAACAGAUAUUUCGAGAUAUUUCGAGAAUCCCGUGA